AAUUUUGAUACAACACAGAGGGAUGUGUUGUUGUUUAGUCAUUGAUAUAUUUUGGCUCCAAUCUGUCCAGACGAGUAGUUAGUAACAUAUAAUGAUCGACAAUUGUAUGCAAGUGUAUCUUCCACCGUACUUUUUAUUCCAAUCUUCUUAGAUUGGCGCUGGACACAAUGGAACAUGACAGAAGACAGCCAGAUCCAUACCUCAAUGGCUUGCAGAGAGGGCUUCCAGUUGAUCAAUUAGACAAGAAGAAAAGAAACUAUAAACUUGUUGUUGACCCCUUUCUCCAUCGAGGUCAGCAACAGAAAGCCUACAGAAUUGAUGGCGUGAUUCCUGGGGAAAAUCGCCAGAUUGAGCCCCGUGAUCCGCGAUCCCGUUUCCAGAGGAUUUGGAGUAGGAAGGAAGUGGCCGACUUGCCAGUUCCUAGGUUUAAGUAUGACUGCUACUAUGUUGGAACACCGCCUGCUAAGGAAAUCACUUUCAGAAAUCUUAAUGACAACAUCAACAAGGACUUUCUGGAAAACAUGUGCAAAACAUUUGGGAAGAUUGAAGAAUGCAAAAUCUACUACCAUCCCAAGACGAAGAAGCACAUGGGCAUUGGCAAGGUCAUGUUCACAUCUUCCAAAGCAGCUCGCAUGUGUGCCGAGAAGCUGAACCAGACAUCUCAGAUGGGCAACAUCAUCACUGUUGUCAUAGAUACCAUGGGUCGAGAGCGAUCACGGAUCAUUGAAGAGAUGCUGGCCGAACCCAAGCAACGUCUGGAUAAGCAGAUGAGUCAUGGUCAUAAGCCCAUCCGAAAUGACUUCCCAAAGAAGCAUGAAGCAUAUGACCCAGGUGAUAAUGAGUUCCCUCCAAGACACCCACCUCCACCAUCUUUUGACCAUCUGCUGUUCAGUGAAGGUGGACAUUCUUGUCCUAAGUCGGAUGUCAGUUUCUCCAGCCAUUCAGACCUUGGUUAUGGCUCCGGCACGUCUUCAGUCAACUAUGGUGAUGCUUAUAACCACACGCCUUUCCCAACUGGGAACAAGUAUGACAUGCAGCACUUCAAUGUUCCACAGACUGGGGACUUCAACUAUGGCAUUCAGCCUCCAUUUGGUAACCAUCAUCCUCCAGCUCAUCCACCAGCUCAUCCUCCAGCUCAUCCACCAGCUCAUCACCAGCUCAUCCACCAGCUCAUCCUCCAGCUCAUCCUCCAGGUCUUCCUCCAGGUCAUCCUCCAGUUCAGGAUGGAUUUGCAGGCAUCCCUCAUUUUGAUCCAACUCGACCUCCCCCUCCUUUGCAUACAGUCCAGCCACCGAUUCAGGAGGAACCAUUCCAUUCACACAGUUCAACAGAUUACCACGAUAAGAACAGCAGGGGCUGGGGAAAGCCAAGGGGGGAGGAUAAAAAGUGGGAGAGGGAAAAAGAUAGGGAUCGUGAUCGCGAUCGCGAUAAAAACAGAGACUGGAAACGAGACAGGGACCGUGAUCAUAGAGACCGCGAUCGGGAAUCGUGACCGAGACAGAGAUAGGGAUCAUCAUAGAGGGCGUGAUAGGGAUCGAGAUCGGCAUAGGGACUAUGAUAGGGAGUAUGAGAGAGACCAUGAUCGAGAUUAUGAGAGGGAGAGAGACCACGAUAGAAGGAGCAAGGGUAGGGACAGAGAGGAAAAGAAACCAAAGGAAAGAAUAGAAAAACCAGUAAGACCAAAGACACCCGAGGCUGAAGAGGAGCCGAGAACAAUGAGUCUGGACUCUCGCAUCCAGAAACUCCUUACAGGGUUUGUUGACGAGGAGCCUCCACCAGAACCAGCUAAGACUAAGAAAAGUGACCUAUCUCCAGUUAGUGACCGCAGCUGGGAUCCUUCCUCUGGUACUCCUGGUGCAUCAACACAAGACACAAACUCAUGGGCCACACCAAGCCAUCACACCCCAGGGGAUAACGCUUGGUCAACACCUCACUCGCAUCAGCAAACCCCUGUAGAAGGAUCAUGGCCGAAACCGGGCGCUCACCAAGAGACAUGGCCGUUGGGAAAUCACAACGUCAGGAAUAAUGACACCCAAGGAAAGUUCCCAGCUUCGCAAGAAGUCAAAACAGAACCUCCAAAACAAGCUUCUCCUGCGGGAGAGACAAGUGACAUGGAGGUUGAUGAUGAUGACGACAAAAUGUCUCUGUCCUCCAUCAGCAGUGGCGAACAGAAGCUUGAAAUCAACCCACAAACGAACUCUACUCAGGCCCAGCAAGGGUCGUCCUCAUCUUACAUGCAACCACCAUCCACAUUGUCAUCAUUCAACCCAACAGCAUCUAUGUAUGGUCAGGGGCUGACUAACAUCAAUCAGUGGCCUGGUUUUGCCUCCUACCCACCCCAUGCUAACAACAUGUUUAAUCCAACAUACAAUCAGAACUACUGUGGUUAUCAGAACGGUGUGAGUGGCACUUCAGACUUUAUGGAAAGUGCCGACAAGCUGCCGGUUGAUGAGACCAUGUUUGCCAAGGUGCUCAAUAGUUUUGUGAAGGAACUCAAAGAGGUGAUGCAAAAAGACUUGUGUAAAAAGAUGGUUGUCAGCUCAGCGUUUAAGUCCUUUGAAACGUGGUGGGACAAGGAAACAGAGAAAACAAAGCCGACAAAAUCUUUACCAAGCGUUGAAAAGACAGUUAAGCCAACACCAACUCCAGCACCUACAACAAAUCAGAAUGCUAUGAGUUCAACGAUCGCCUCACUGUUUGAGUCCAAACCGUCUUGGUCUCGAGACGGAGGUUUGGAUAGUGGUUUUGGUGGUUUCAAUCGCAGCCGUAGCGGAGGGCUUCUGGGUAUUCGAGGAGGAAUGCCCAAGAUGCCAUCAUUCAAGAAAAAGUUCCGUCCUCCAUCUCCUCCACCAGAAGAAGGCCAUACCUCAAAACAUGAAGAGGAAGAGGCGUGGUCAGAUGGAGAGGCAAGUCGGUCUCCAACUCGUUUGUCGAGGAAACCAGUGGUCAGUGAGAGUGAGGAAGAAUCAGAUGAGGAGGCAGACAAGACUCAAUCUGGAGAUGAAGACGAAGAUGAAGAAGAAAGUGGGGAGAGCAGUGAGGAGGACGACAGCGAUGAGGAGGAAGAUGAAGACAGUGAAGACGAUGAGGAAGAGGAGAGUGAAAGUGAUGAAGAGGAGGUUGAUAUUGAGACAGAGUCAGAUAUUGACCUCCUCAGGAAAGACAAGCCUUCUGUAAGCAGUUCUGAAGAGGCAGAGCUGAAACCAAAGGAAGACACUCGGCCUUUGUCCCCGAUCAGGGAAGAAAAGGAAGAUGAAGAGAAGGAAGAAGGAGAAGUUAGUGAUCAGGAGGACGAGGAAGAAACGAUGGAAGUCACAGAACCUCAAGAGAAACCAACUGCAACGGUUGCCAAGGAGGAAGAGAAAGUGUCAGAGGUCAGACCCUCUUCGCCUCCACAUCCUCCUUCUCCAAAGAAGGCACCACCUCCUCUGCCUGUAACAAAGCCAUCCAAGCCAUCAGCAGAGUCCCCUGAGCUAGCCAAGCUAAUUCAGAAGACAUUGAGUCCCGAUUCCAAGGUGCUAGAGGGGAAGAAUGAUGAGGCUGAAAAGGAGGAAGAUAUUCCUCCUCCAGUCGGCAAUGAGGAGACGCUCUCACUUCCUCGAUCCGAGGAUGAUGGGGAUCGCCGUCCUUAUAUCAAUCCUGCUAUUGCAGAACAUGACUAUUUUGCUGCUCCUCCAACUCAGGCAGAUGAAGCAGAUUCAGAUGCUACAGCCUCGGCUGAUGAGGAAUCUGCCGGUCUGUCCCGGGAGGUGUGGAUGGACCACAGUUACUGUCUCCCCCCAGCCAAGUUUGAAUUGCCUGAGACAGAUGUGUCAGACUAUAGAGAAAGUGAUGAAAGGACUAGUGCUGUGUCUAAAGUGUCAAAGGUUAAAGACAAAAGUGUGUUGGAUGUCAGUGAAUCCGACAUCUCGUCCGAUUCGCCGACAAAAAAGAAAGGAAAACAAAAAGAGCCCAAAAAGCGUCCAAAAAAGAAAGAUGCUUUGGCAGACAUUACAGCAACCCUCAACAGUCGAGGGAGUCGUGAAUUAUCCAGUAUUUUACCACCUCCUAAACCUAAAGUGUCAUUUAGCCCAAGGUCUUAUGAAGACGAAAGGCAAAAGUUUUUUGAAAUGUAUCAUAAUGGUAUGGAUGAAGAAGAUAUUCAGUAUUUAAAACGGACAUAUGAAGAUCUGAUGUCAUCCGAUGACCCCAUGUUUUACUGGAUUAAUGACAUUUUGUGGGUGGAUCAUCCUGUCACUAAUAUUCCGGAUCCAUCUCCAUCAAAGAAACGGCGGAAAAUGGAUGAAGCACAAUACAAGACAAAAAUAUCAGGCUGUGCAAGGACAGAUGGUUACUAUAAGCUGUCGAUGGAGGAGAAGGCUCAGUAUCUGUUGCAUGGUCCUAAUGCCAAGAUGCAGCAGAAGGUAGCAGAGAACAUCAACCAGACACUGGCUGAACAGGCUAAGAAGAACAUGGUGUCUUCCCGUGAAGCUCGGAGUGAAAACAGAAGGUUACAAACAGCUCUCUCUGAUUUCUCCGACCAGAUGGGAAUGUCUGACCUGUUUAAAUUUAACCAACUUAAGUUCGGAAAGAAGCACCUGAGGUUUGCAAAGAGCUCCAUUCACGACUGGGGACUGUUUGCUCUGGAGCCUAUCGCAGCAGAUGAAAUGGUCAUCGAAUAUGUGGGUCAGGUGGUUCGUCAGUCGAUGGCUGACCUACGUGAGAAACAGUAUGAGAACAUUGGUAUUGGCAGCAGCUACCUGUUCCGUGUUGAUGGUGAGACCAUCAUUGAUGCGACCAAGUGCGGCAACCUUGCUAGAUUCAUCAAUCACAGCUGCAAUCCCAACUGCUAUGCAAAGAUCAUCACAGUAGAUACUCAAAAGAAAAUUGUUAUCUAUUCCAAAAGAGACAUUGACGUCAAUGAGGAAAUCACAUAUGACUACAAAUUUCCCAUUGAGGAUGAGAAAAUUCCCUGUCUCUGUGGCGCUGUUGGCUGUAGGGGCACUCUCAACUGAUGGAACAGCCUGGUAUACUGGGAUGUGUUCAAAAGGUGGAACAACCUUAUAUCGAAAUGACUGAUCUGUGAUAUGGCAUAUGCCGGGGUUUGACCAAAACUGAAAACACGGCUUCUCAUGUUGGCCUGCCCCAUGUGCUAAAAGGGUCCUUGUGUCCCAUGUGCUUUGAUUGUCUCUCAGCUGUGCUUCAAGGGUCAACCUUCUGUGUGUGAUGACAGAGCAACAGGUAGUGCAAGGUCAAGGUCAAGGUCAGAUAUACAGAAGGCCUCCAGAGCUGGCCAAUGGACAAGAUACAAUACAGUCAGCUCUCUCGGAAUGGUGUAUGUGUGAAAGAAGAAGAUUGGAACUCAAGUUCUCAUGAAUCCUGUUAUAAAUGUUGUGCGGGAAGCAUCAAAACUUAUGGUCAAAGUUCAAGGUCAGGGUAGCAUUUCAAAUGGCAUCAACAUUACAUGAAGUCAAAAGCUGCUCCGGUCAGUCAAGAUUGUGCAUCAACAGGCAUGGUUACCAUGGUGAUGGGGCUCUACCAAUGACAAGACCUUGUGUUCAGUUGGUAACCAUGGUAACUACAACAAUUGUAGUGAUGGUGUCCUGCAACUUCGAAACGUCAAUGCAUUUUGAGACUUUUGACUUGAAAUUCAUAAAGCAUUUCAUUUACAAUUCCAUUACUUUAUAUCCAAAACAUCCACAUUGCAGAUACAGAGUUGAUUCACAGAAUGUAUAUCAUGACCAAUAUCUCUUGUUCAAAAGUAAGAUGGUUCCAAGGUUGAAACAUUAAACGUCAUGGCAACUAUGUUCAAAACUAAGGAAGUUUCAUUCUGUACGAUUUGAUUCUAUCGCCCACCCAGUUUGUUAAACAUUUUAGUGAUGACAAGGACUCCUUAAUUUCAAUUUUUAUUUUCUUGGCGAAAGUAAUUUGAAACGAACUUUUUAUUCAAACAUCAUGCGUGGAAUGUUGAAUUCUUCAUAGCUUGGUGAAAGAAAAACAUUCUAACCAUUCUCAUAUUUUAGCACUUAAACCUUGUAGUUUUGAUAUCAUCGUUGCAAUCCAAUACAGAUAUCAAGUACUGCCUAAGAUGCUAGGGUAAUUAUAUAAUCAUAUUCAUAGCAUAGUCUAGUCAACCUUCAACACAAUCAUCCAUGCCUUCAUUGUCAUGACAUUUCCUAUCUUCUCCUUAGUCUUUGUAACUCAUCCACUGAUAGGCAUUUGAUCUGUAAUUAAUGAGAUUGGAUUGUUAUGCUUUCGAGACUGUUUCAUGCAUGUCAUCAUAUCCCAAUUGCCUUGAUUGAUGAUCCUGAUGCCUGUCACUAAAUUGUCAGGUCCAGAUUUGAAUAUGUACUGACAGCUAUCACAGCUUGGAUAGUGCUGAGUAUGGCAUUAAACAACAAACAACAAAUGCACAAACAAAAUGAAUGGUAUGUAUAGUCUGUUUGCAGUGAAAACGUACCGAUGAAUUUCACUUUAAACAAAAAAGUCUUGUCUAGGGUUAACAGUAACAGGUUUGAACUAGCAGACCAAGAAAAUACUGGUUGAGGGAAUCUUUCAUAUUGUUAGAGUCUACCAUUAAAUCUAGUCCCCUUAAUCAGCUGCCUGGCAAAAGAAAGAUUACAAUUGAAAAAUGGAUUUGACCGAGCACUUAUCAAAAUCUUACUUAUCUGUUAAGGUCCAAAAGAUAACUGAUACUCAUAUCAAAUAUAAAUGGAAAAUAUCAAUUUCUACUACUAUAAUGUAGAAUACCAGUAUUUAUAAUGUACCUUCCCAGGCUUCAUAUCCUGCUCAGAGCGCACAAAUAUAAUCUGAUUAUUAUUAUCCUGGAUAACCCAAGUGGCCUGUGAGUUACAUGAUUUUCUCCCACCGGGUACCCAUUUUCUGCUGGGUGAACAGAAGCAAUUUUGAACAAACUCACAUGCCUUGCAUGAGAUCACGUGUAUCAGAUAUGCUUUGUUGUGGGGCAGGACUGAAGUCCUAGAAACUCUCAGGAGUCAAGGUCGGUGGGGUAGCUUAUAACUUAGUG